AUGCACUCAAGGUACUCGUUUCAAGACGAGGAGGACAUGUUCAUGGUAGUUGACCUGCUGCUGGGAGGAGAUCUGCGUUAUCAUCUACAGCAGAACGUGCACUUUACAGAGAGCACAGUCAAGCACUACGUGUGUGAAAUCACCCUCGCUCUGCACUACCUGCGCAACAAACACAUCAUCCACAGAGACAUUAAGCCAGACAACAUUUUGCUGGACGAGCACGGUCACGCUCACCUGACAGAUUUUAACAUAGCUGCUAUUGUGAAGGAAGACUUAAAAGCCACAUCUAUUGCAGGGACAAAACCAUACAUGGCCCCAGAACUGUUCCAGGCGUUCGAGGGAACACACCCGGGUUACUCUUUUGCAGUGGACUGGUGGUCUUUAGGGAUUACUGCAUAUGAACUUCUCCGUGGACAGAGGCCGUACAUCAUGCGCACCAACACACCAGCCAAUGAGAUCCUGCAGACUUUCCACAAAGUGUACCCCUGUUACCCCGUGGCCUGGUCUACAGGGAUCAAAUCACUCUUACCAAAGUUGCUGUGUGUCGACGCUCAGAAGAGGAUUUCCAGUCUCUCGGAGCUCCAGGACUUGGAAUACCUCUCUGAUGUCAAUUGGGAUGCUGUGCUCAGCAAACAAAUCCCACCUGGCUUCCUCCCUAAUAGGCGGCGACUAAACUGCGACCCCACAUUUGAGCUGGAGGAGAUGAUACUGGAAUCCAAACCGCUGCAUAAGAAAAAGAAGAGGCUGGCGAGGAAGACGAGGGAAAGCGGCUCUGAUGGAUCUCCUCAGCUUAACUGCAACAACCUUGCCUUGAGGUUGAGGAAAACCAAAGCAGACGCUGAGACCAACAACCUCAGUGCAGAAGAGACGAACAAAGCCAUUCAAGACGGACAGAACAACAACGUACAGCAUUGUUUAUCAAGUUAACAUCCGGACCUGCCACAGUGUUCCUCCUUCACUCGAAGCUGACGGCGGAUGCAGCCAUGGACUCCAGCAAAUGCAUGAGAAAAUCCAUACUGGGAGACUGGAACAUCACGGAUUCUGGAUGGAAGCAUUAACCUGGUGUGAACCUCACGCUCUGAAUUAACUGACAGCGUACGCUGGUUUAGUGACCGGCUGACUACACAAUCACAUGCAUAAAGAAAUAACUGAAUGAUGAUGCUCUCUGCACCCGACUGUGAAAUGUGUGCCUUACUAGUUUAAUGGAUUGCUCUAAUUUCCACGAUUCCCCUGGAGGCACGUGAAGGUUUACUGUUGUCUGAUUCAGCGAGCGAUCAGACUCCAGCCGUUCGCCAUGAUUUAUAAAGCUGCUCUUGUUAACACACAAAUGCAGAGAACAGAAUGCAAAGAUAUUCAUUUCACCUCAUUAUGUGAUUCAUUCAAAUGAUGUAAAUGUGAACCUUAUGGAGCUGCAGAAUUCUGUCAUUCAUGCCACUGAGCGCAUUAUUUGGCCUUUCUGGUUCUUAAGCAUUUUUGGAGAUUCAUUGCUGGAUUGUGCUGCUGAAUUAAGAUAUUGACCACACUGUGCAGA